AUGUCUCUGAGCAUGCUUUUGGCUUCUGCUGGUAUCUUUGUCUGUGAAGUCGCUAUUUCACAAGCAAUGCCAGAGGAAGAACAUCAAUCAGAAAGCACACCUCUUAUCCUUCACUCAUCUCAAAGUGGUAUUAUAGUUUCACCUGAUCCGAAUGCAUUGCCAGAUGACGAGACCGCCGGGGAUAUUUUACAAUACCGUGACCCAGAAAUGGAAUUAUUCAACUCAUGUCAAAAUUUGCUUCGUCCUGGAAUUGCUGAAGUCAUUUGUGAGCCAAUCCGGGCUGAGCGAUACCAGAUCACCCAACAUAUCGCUGACGUCCAAGAGUAUCAAUCAGUGCUUCUUAUCUCCUGGGACCGCUCAAAGCCGAGAUUAUGCACAAUCUCCAAGUAUCGGAGACAGUUUUUGCAGGGCCUUGCAAAAUCCGCAUUGCUAUGUACUUCGGUCAUUGCACUGGGCCAACUGAUUGUCUGUCUAUCGGCCCUUCAAGAAUUAUCCAGUGGGAUGCUUUUGGGAUACUUUGUCACUGGCCUUGGUAUCAGCCCUGUAGCUAUUGUUCAAGAAUCCAUUAUUCUUGCUCAUUUCGGCAAGGGUAUAAGGGGAAAAUCAAUGGGACUGAGUUUAUUACUUGGUAAAUUGGCUUCUUGGGUAGCUUCCAUCAUUGCAGUCCCAUUAUCUAGCUCUAAAUGGGGUCUGAGUUUACCUUUUGCCGUUUCAUUGGGACUUUGUCUGGGCUCGGUUCUAUCAGCCAUAACAUUUGCUCAGAUAUCGCAUGCCUCGCGGACCCGGGCACCUCUUCCUUCGCCCAGAUCAAUAGUAAGAUUGAAAGAAAUCAUAUCUUUCGGAGACCAGUUUUGGCUCUAUAUCUCACUCUGUGCGCUGUGUGGGGCACUAUGGUUCCCCUUCAUACAUUUGUCAACGCUACUUCCUGGACCACUAUCCUCGCUACACCUCACCGUCGGUCCUUCUGUGGCUGGGGUCUCUCUGCACGCUAGCGACACUUCUAAUUCUUGCUACCUCAAAGAUGAGGGAAACAUUUGGGCAGCUGUUCUACCGAAAAUCAUCAAGAAUGAACAUUUUAGUACAGCUUUGGGGAUCCAUAAGGCUAUUGAGAUGGCUGGCUCAACUGUAUCUCAAACUGUGCUGAGUCCUCAUCCUGCUACAUUUCUUGAAACAAGGCCAUCACGUGGAACGGUCUUACGCGGUCAUAUUGGUCUCACUUUGGCACUAAUGCUUAUUCUUGCUAGCUGGAUGAGCUUUUUAUGGGCUAUUGUACAUUGA